CCGCAGGUGAUUCCGUGCGAGGCGGUUGAGAGACCAAGGGGCAUGGCGGACGAUCUGUGGCAGAAGAAGAAGCGUGUGUAUGCGCAGCAGCUCGAGGACCGUCUCAAGGACGACGAGGCAUUCAAGCGCUCCUUUGUUCAAACAGCGGAGCAUGUCCGCGCGAUCCACAAGCUCAAUGUCGACUACAACAACCGCCGCACCGUCGAACAGACCAUGUGCGCCAUCUCGGGGACGAGUGUCUUGUUCGUAUUUGUCGACUGCGCGCUUGAGACGAGUUGGAUCCGCGUCGUGAACACGGCACUGACCGUUGCCUUGCUCGGUCUGCUCGUCCGACGCUACUGCAUCGAAGUCGACAUUUUUAUCGGAAAAGGGUCGUUGCCACCCGACGUUCGCUUCCACGAGCUCCCUUCGUAUGUCGUUCUCGGCUUUCUCGUGGAGUUCCUUCUAUGCAGUCUCACCGUACCCCCCUUCAUCACGGAAGGAUCCUUUUCUGUGCGCCAAUGGAUCACCCGCGCCCAAAUUGACCCAGUGUCCCACCUUCCAUUCUGCAAGUUUGACGGAACGCUCGACGGCCGCGACUGCUAUCUCCUCUACGCUUACCCGUACCAAGUCCUCGGCCUCGUCCAGCUCGUUCGCGUUUACAUGGUGCCUCGCUUUGUCCGCAACUUGUCCGAUUUCUACUGCUACCGCAUCGCGUUCAUCGGGAGCCUCAACAACGUGGAUGCGCUCGGGACUCUCUUUGCGAUCAAAUACCUCCUACGCACGAACCCGUUUGCGUUCCUCGGCCUCGGCUUCCUCACGUCCGUCUUCACGACGGCCAGCGCGAUUUGGAUCCUGGAAGCGCCGGUGAAUCCCCUCGUGUCGACAUAUGCGAAUGCCGUGUGGCUGACCGUUGUGACGAUGGCCACCGUCGGGUACGGCGAUCGCGUGCCAAUGACGACGGCAGGCCAGGUCGUCAUGAUUGUAUUCGCCAUGGUGAGCGGGAUCCUGCUGACGGGAAUGCUCAGCGCGUCGUUCUUCGCCAUGCUCGAGCUCACGGACGCCGACGUGACGGUCUUUGACCUCCUUGAGAAGGAAAAACAAGCCAAGCAGACAGCCAACGCGUCUGCGCGACUCAUCCAGGCGACGUGGAAUUUGCACGUGUGUCGCCGCGACAAGAAGCACGAUGCAGCGGCGUUUCAAGCAGCGUCCGUACUGCUGUACGCGAUGGCCCAAGUGUGUCGAAAACUGCGCAAGUCGCGCCCGCUGCACGUCCCGUCCACGUCAGAUCUACUCGAGGUGCAUUUUGCCAGCGUUCGCACCCAUCUGCAACGGGAAUUUGCCACAAGAAAGGAGCGGCUCUUGGCGCUUGAAGCGACUCUGGAUGCCGUGGAGCUAUAGCAGAAUUCGACAUUCCCCGUGUGGCCAAGAAGUUGUUGGGAGCAAGACAGACCAAGAGAUACAGGAUGGGCUAUUUACUAACUGUUGGAAAGCUAAUGCGCCGCCGCGCCGACGCGGGUGCCUCCUCGGCCUCGCGCAAGCUACGUGACAAAGCGAUCGCGCGUCAUGGACGACGGAGAGAUGGACGGGACGUACCUCGGUGGCGUGAACUGGGUCAGCCGUCGAAAGCUCGGGCUCUUAAACCGACUCAUGGACGAACCGUCCUGCGCA